AUUCAAAUGAGGAAAAACGAAAUGAAACUCACGCUCAAUGAAGAUUCUAUCAGUAGUAAAGAAAGUGAAGAGCAAGAGUUAUCCCAAGAAAACGGUGAAUCAGAAGAGUCAAACAAAACUGAUAAGGAGAGGUAUGACAAAGUGUCCAUCCUCUGUCCCUUUGUGACAGAGGAGAUGUUCGCUAGUCUAUUGAGCCUCUCUAAGAUCCAUCCAUUCGAUAACCCGCAUAUCAUCGACCAUAUGAUUAAUGAGCCUGAGUCAUGGGUUAACUUCUACGAGAAGUGCGGUGGAGGAAACGUUGACCUCCCUGGCCCUUACAUUAGCAUGGAUGUAGAAGUGGAGCAACUGAAAAGGGAUGAAGAAAUUCGAAUACAACAACAAGAGAAAGAAGAAGAGGUCAAAGAAAUCAAGGAAGAACAAGACCUAGAUUCCAUUUUCAAUGCUGAUGAUGACUCUGGAGAUGACAAGAUCUUUGCAGAAGAAGAUGACAGUGAUGACCAGGAAGAAGAGCUCAAUAUGUCAGCAGCGGAUGAUAAGAGAAUUAAGAGGAAAGAUACAAAGGAUUUCAAACCAGAUUCACUACUUCAAGGGCUUGAUGAUUAUACUGAGUUUAAAUAUGGAAGUAUUCGAUUUCAGAAGGAACAGGUUGUCAAAAAGCAACAAGUUUUCAAAUACCUCUUGAGGCUCUGUGUUGUCAGAUGACUCAGACCUGAUAAGGUUGUUCCUGAAAUUAUGAGAUUUUGUGGAAAUGUACUAGAUCCACGCUUUAACUCUCCUCCAGAGCAUAAUUUACUAAAAUUUUAUUAUGAAACUGAGUGAACAAAACCUAUUUUGUUCAUUUUAAGUUCAAAUGUGAACACUUUGAAUGAGCUACAAAUUAUCAAGGCCAAGCUAAAUAUAAAUGUUAGGAUAAGAUAUCUUCCCCUUGGCAACACAAUUGAUGAUAAGGUCAAAGACUUAAUACUAGACGGAACGAAGAAUGGUGAUUGGAUUUUACUUGAAAAUCUCCACUUAGUGACAGAUUGGCUCUUACUAUUAGAGAAAUUAAUCCAACAGCUGGAUAAGGACAAGGUUCAUCAGAAUUUUAGGCUCUGGAUGUCUUCAAUUCCAGUUAAUUAUUUCCCAGUCUCUUUUCUCCAGAAUUGUCAGAAGAUUACGCUUCAGCCUGCUAAAGGAAUCAAGCAGAAUGCAAUCAAACUGCUAAAUUCAGUGCCUGACAAUGUUCUUGAAGUGUGCAAGAAAAAUCAAGACUCAUAUAAAAAGCUACUGUUCUCACUCUGAGUUUUCCAUGCCACAGCAAUCGAAAGGAAGAAAUUUGGACCUAUAGGGUGGAACAGACCUUAUGAAUUUGCUGAUACUGAUUUCUUCAUCUCAUUGUCUCAGCUCCAGACUUGCAUAAGCUCUUACGAUGAGAUUCCUUUCGGCCUAGCUCAAUAUCUCAUAGGAAAGCUAAACUACGGUGGGAGAAUCACUUUCGAUCAGGAUGAGGAUGCCUUCAUGGCUCUAUUAGGCAGCUUCAUUGGCCCACAUGUGAUUGAAAAAGACUUUAAAAAGAUCUCGAAUAAUACUUAUUACCCAAUCCCAGAUCAGUACUCCCUGACUCACUAUAAGAGCUACUUAAGGAAGUACCCUGAUGUUGAUCGGCCUGAUAUUUUUGGACUUGACGAAAACGCGACGAUUAUAAAAUCUCAGACCGAAGCAAAGACUUUACUUGAAAAAGUCUAUGAACUUGAAUUCGCCAGCAAGAACCUCAUCAAGGACAACAAGGAAGAAGAAAACGAUGAUAUCAUUGUCUCUAAAUACACUGCAAUUAAAGACAAAAUGCAUAAGAUUAUCACAGAAUUGCCUGAACUUCUUGAUGAAGAACAGUGUAGAAAGAAGUUUCCUAUUUCAUAUCAGGAAUGUCUUAACACUUUGCUAUUAAAGGAGGCUCAAAGAUACAACCUGCUUCUGCAGGUCAUCUAUGUAUCUCUCAAAAAUACUCUUAAGGCUUUAGAGGGGAUAGCUCAUAUUAACGAUAUCCUCGAUUCAAUCUACAGCGAUAUUACCUACGGGAAAGUACCAUCAAGUUGGCUAAAGUACUGAUACCCCACUUUUGACUCACUCUCAACCUUCUUAUCUAACCUCCAAGACAGGAUCUCGUUUUACAAAGGAUGGAUCGAUUGGGGGCAUCCACAAAACUUCUGGCUGCCAGGGUUGUUUGACCAGAAGAGCUUCAUCACAACAUUGCUGCAGCAAAAAGCGAGGAAGGAUAACAUUUAUUUCUCCACUCUGGCUCUUGAGUUUACUCCGUUGGAGCUGAAUGCCAAUAUUCCUGAUCCUCCUAAGCCGAAGAUAAAUAAUGAGAAAGAGAAAGAAAUCGCUAAGCCAAUGAGGCAGAUGGAUGAGGAGGACUCAGCCUCAGAUCUCAGCUCAAGCUCUAUCCUUUCCAAGAACCAGUCAUCCAAACUCUCCAAAAUCGAAGAGGAGAGAGACGAUUCUGAUGAAGACGGCGAAGGAAAUGACAAACAAAAAGAGCUCUAUAUCCAUGGACUCUAUAUUGAAUGUGCUCAAUGGGAUUAUGAUGAUGAGUGCAUCAUUGAAGCUAAGUCUAGAAUCCUGAACUAUAUCAUGCCUGCUUUUAGCAUUAAGGUCAUAACUAAGGAUGAGUAUGCGAAGAAAUAUAAGAAUGAUAAGUACUUCGAAACUCCCUUGUUCAAAAUCUCCCUCAGAGAGGCAAUCAAUCUUGAUGGCGAGUGCUUUGUGAUGUAUGUACCUUUGAAAAUCAGUGAAGGCACUGAUCCUUCUUUUUGGCUCAAAAGAUCAACAGCAUUAUUCUGCCAAAUGAAUAUGUAAUGAAUUGAAUAAAUUGCUUCAAUUUGAAAUA